AUGUCCCUUACAUUGGGGGUCAGUGGGAAGAAUGUCCCUUACAUUGGUUCAGUGGGAAGAAUGUCCCUUACAUUGGAGGGCAGUGGGAAGAAUGUCCCUUACAUUGGGGGUCAGUGGGAAGAAUGUCCCUUACAUUGGUGGUCAGUGGGAAGAAUGUCCCUUACAUUGGGGAUCAGUGGGAACAAUGUCCCUUACAUUGGGGGUCAGUGGGAAUAAUGUCCCUUACAUUGGUGGUCAGUGGGAAGAAUGUCCCUUACAUUGGGGGUCAGUGGGAAGAAUGUCCCUUACAUUGGGGGUCAGUGGGAAGAAUGUCCCUUACAUUGGUGGUCAGUGGGAAGAAUGUCCCUUACAUUGGGGGUCAGUGGGAGGAAUGUCCCUUACAUUGGUGGUCAGUGGGAAGAAUGUCCCUUACAUUGGAGGUCAGUGGGAAGAAUGUCCCUUACAUUGGUGGCCAGUGGGAAGAAUGUCCUUUACAUUGGUGGUCAUUGGGAUGAAUGUUCCUCACAUUGGGGGUCAGUGGCAAGAAUGCCCCUUACAUUGGUGAUCAGUGGAAAGAAUGUCCCUUACCUUGGUGGUCAGUGGCAAGAGUGUUCCUUACA